AGUUAGUUGUUCCCAUCAGUAGAAAUCAAGAUGAGACUAAGGGCAAUAACUCUAACAUUUUGCCUGGUAAUUUGUACCAUAUCGGCUGUUAAAGCUAACGAUCUUGAAGAUCGUCAUGCCCAUUCAACUCCAGCCUCUGGAUUUAAAAAGUUGAAAAAUUUGAAGUAUUUAGUAAAAUGGGCUCCACCAACAUGUAAUGCCAAUAAAGCUUGCCCAACUGGUCAAUGUUGUUCCGUCUAUCAACCUACUUUACAUACACCUAGAAGAAGAUAUUGUAGGCCUAAUCCAUACCUUGGUAGCACUUGCCGCCUUGGCACCGGUCGCCGCUCUCUCUGCAGAUGCGGCACUGGUCUACAGUGUGUACCAGCUUAUAGACAUUUGACUAUUUCUGGCCGAAGCGUUUACCGAAGUGUCCGCGGUGCUUAUGAUGACUUAGAUGAAGAAAUUGAUAUGGUACGUGAAACCUCUUCUUUUGCCGAUGAUGACUACGAAGCCAUUACAUGGAAUGAUGUUGCAGAAUUGCGUAGAGAAGCUGAGAUGAGUACUGGUUCCACACGUAAGCGAGCCGCUAGUCGAUUAGCCAAUGUCGGUAUUUGUGUCCGUGACAGUAAUUACACUCCAUAAGACAUUUCAGCCUUAUUGAGCCGUUCAAUUUGUCAUUCUAUAUUAGAAUGAUGAUGAAAAACGAAUCUGUAUAACUAAUACCGUACAUAAUUGAGAAGUUGAUAUUCCAACUAUUGCUUCCUUGGACUAUACUAGUACCAUAUCAAUUACUGACAGGAAUAUGUACUUAAACUACUUAGUUGUAAUGAAUAAGAUGUAUUUCAAUAAUUAAUUAAUUAAAUCUAAACAACCAUUGUGGAUAGUACUGCUCUGCUUUUAAUAUCAAAUGUUGCCACCAUAACUGUAAUACAUGACAUUCAAUGUAAUCAUCACCCUUCACAUCUUAUCUUAAUCAUUAAUCUGCUUAUUAAAACACGUGAAAUAAUGCAAUAAAAGUAAUAUCG